AUGUGCUGUCUGUUUUUAUGUGUCACCAAUUUAGCUGAAGAUUCAACCCCAUACGGCAUUUCCUCCAACAAUGUGAUUUUCAAUGUCCUAGUGUGUGUGCUCUGGAAAUCCAGGUUUUUCUACUGGAUAUUCACGGUGGCAGCCAUCGAAUGCCUCGUCUUCUUCUCCAUUGACAGGGCGAUCUUGAUGCAAAAACCGGACUUGUAUCAGUUCACUUCGGAGAAACGACGCAUCAUCUACUUCGAGGUCACGAUUCACGUCUUUAGUGUUCUAAUUACAGCUCCGCAAAUACUCACUGUCAAUAAUCAGGAUGGGGGAUGCUCGUGUGCUCCAACCACGGUGAAUAUACCCUUCCUAGCACUCAUUUACGCGCACGUGUACCUCUGGUUUUCGUUGCUUUUUGUGCUCGACAGCACUCUUCUCCUACUGGCUGCCUCUCAAGUCAUCCUUUGGGUUCGUGAAAUGUCAACCAAAAACCACGUAGACGAGCUGAACACGAUGUGGUACAAGGACUUAUCGAAGAGUGAAGAACAGAGGCUGAGACAUAUCAGGGGCUGGCGAACUGCCUCGAUGUGCAUUGUCCCCAUGGCGUUGAGUCAGGUUCUGACCUUCCUGUACGACUCCACCUACCAGUUCUUGAGUGCUGUUGGCGCGACCACCUUCAUAAUCAACAGUCCACAGCAGAAGGUUGGCGGUCUGCUGUUGGUAGUCCAUGCCAACGUGGUGCCAUGUUGUCUUGCAAGCCCUAAAAAAGUCGAGUUGACACCUGUUCAAAUGCAGGAGAUUUCAGAGGCAUUCGCUCUCUUCGAUAGUAACAAAGACAAUCGCCUCUCUCCUUACGAAUUCAAAGUGGCCCUUGUGGCUCUCGGAUUUGAACUCAAAACACCCGAAAUUACGAGCCUCCUGGAAAACGUCAAUCUUGGGCCUGAGGACAAUGUUGACUUCAAAAGCUUCUUUUCUCUAGUGAAGAACCUAAUUCAAUCACGGGAUCCAGUAAGUGAAAUCAUUCAUGUCUUCAAGCUUUUCGACGAAGAAGGUACUGGCAAGAUCUCCUAUCGGACGCUGAAAAAGAUCGCCAAAGAUCUUGGCGAAAACCUCACGGACGACGAGCUCCACGUGAUGAUCGACGAAUUCGACCGCGACGGUGACCGAUCUAGUAAGUGGUGUCGUUGUUCCCACCAAGCGUCCACCUGUUUUGUUGCGUUGACGUUUUUAAAUUUCCGCCAAGAAUUUGUCCAAUCAGAAGCCAGGAUUUCAGUGCCCCUCUAA